GUUCCUAAAGAGUGUUGCCAUAGAAUUAAUCUUGUACACCUUAAAAAUAUAAUUCCUUCUCUUUCAUUCAACAUUAGUGACGAGCUGUGAGCAAUUGUAUUCGAUUCGAAGUUGGAACGAAUUCAUCCGUGGCCGCGCAGGCGCAACGUUGAACGUCUUGACGUGACGUAAUUGCCCAUUCAUAGUUUUUAUUCAUUGAGAAAUGAAGUUUUCAAAACAUUUUCAUGAUCAUGUGUUGUGUUGUAUAGAAUCGAUGAUUCAAAAUGUGAGAUAAGUGUUGAAUAACAAAAUUGUAUUAUAAACAAGAAAAGGUUUAUGAAUUUGGACUAAGUGCAUUCAUUCAUUGAUAGAAGAGUGCAUGUAUGUAUUGAGCACAUGCGCAAUGCAAGCGUGAAUUCAUUCGGUUUACUGUGUAUUAUAAAUGUAUACUCAAAACAUCGUCGAAAAUGUGGAUUCUUAGAGUGAACUUUGUGUAUGGAUUUCAAUUACCCAGCUAAUUCGAAAACAGGCUCAAGUAGACCAUUACGACACUCCGGAAGUGGCGGGACAAGCCGGCCGAACGGGCUCGUUCCGAAAGAGAUAACAGCGGAUGAAAGAGAUAAACAGUUAUGGAUUUAACAUGGCGGACGAUACGCGUAAAGUGCGAGUUGAAGAAAGAUUGAAAAUAAAGAUCGGUGAAGCUAAAAACUUGCCAGGUCGCAGCCAUGGGGCGGCGUGUCACCGAGACAUAUACUGCGUGCUGUCACUCGACCAAGAGGAAAUAUUUCGCACUUCAACCAUGGAGAGAACUCUCAAUCCAUUCUUCGGCGAGGAAUUCCAGUUCGAGGUACCUCGACGAUUUCGAUACCUCUCCAUAUACGUGUUCGACCGUGACAAGCAUCUCAAACAAGACAAAGUUCUCGGUAAAGUGGCGAUCAAACGAGAAGAUCUGCACCGGUAUAACAACAAAGACCAUUGGUUCGCGUUGCGACCGGUCGACGCAGACUCAGAGGUGCAAGGCAAGGCAUACAUUGAACUCACACUCGAGGACUCCAGGAAGCGGUUGCGAAUGGAACCAAAGCCGCCCGAUCCUGAUCCCAUUUCCGACAACUGCUCGACGAAAAGUAAAGGAAAUAACCUCGUUAGAUUAUCUGAAUAUUGUAAGGAAAGUAUGAGGUUUGGUUCUUGUUCGAGUUCAACGAGCAAGAAGCUGUUGAGUGCGGUCGCGACAGAGCCUGCCCUGUCACUAUCGCGCUCGGAGAGUCUGAAGGACCGGGCUCAGUGGGCGGCGCGGAGCAAACCGCCCAUGCACGCGAUGCCCGAGUCCGACGCCUCGCCCACGCCCACCGCCGCUGACUACUGGUCGGACCCCGAGAGGCACUGCGCCGCGCGCGUCGGACACGACACCAUCCGCCUGCGCGUGCUCGAGUGCUCCGAGCUCACCACUAAGAACGGACAGUGUGACCCGUUUGCUCUCGUCACGUUAUUAUAUUCCAACGGACGAAGAGUUGAGAAACGUACGAAACCUAAAAAGAAGACUGUUAAUCCACAAUUUGAUGAAAUAUUUUGUUUUGAUCUCGUUAUGGACGCAGACCCGAGGGAUAAAGAUGGCUCGCAAUCUGCGGGGGUAGCUUGUGAAGCUCGAGUGUCAGUAUGGCAUGACGCUGCUACUCCUAUAUUCCUUGGCGAAGUGCGGUUGCAACUGCGACAAACUUCGCCGACUCCUUUACGUGCCUGGUUCUUCUUGACGUCGCGAGCGGGCGGCGCCCUGUCCCGCGGCGCUACUCCGCCGGGCACGCGGCUGUCCGCGGCGGGCAGCGCCACGCUCGGCUCGCUACGCCUGCUGCUGCAGUACACCGUCGACCACGUGUUCCCCUUGCAACACUAUCGAACACUCGAAGAAUUAUUUCUUAGAAGUGUACACCAGAAGCCUAUAACAGCAUCAGCGGUGUACAUCCUCGGGGAGAUCGUGUCGAGUAAAACAGACGCGGCGCAACCCCUCGUGAGGCUAUUUACACAUCAUGAUCUCAUUGUACCCAUCGUCAGGGAGCUCGCCGACGCUGAAAUAUCUGCGCUCACUGACGCGACCACAAUCUUCCGCGGCAACACGCUGGUGUCGAAGAUGAUGGACGAGGCCAUGCGGCUGAGCGGCGCGUCCUACCUGCGCGCGGUACUGCGGCCCACGCUGGCCGCCGUACUGGCCGAGCGGCGUCCCACCGAGAUAGACCCCGCGCGGGUCAAGCCCGCCGCCGCCGUGUCCGCCAACCUCGCCAACCUCAAGGACUACGUCGAGCGGGUGUUCGCGGCCAUCACGUCGUCGUACGCGAUGUGUCCGGGCGCCAUGUGCCGCCUGUUCGACGCGCUGCGGCAGUGCGCGGCGCGCCACUUCCCGCGCAACGCGGAGGUGCGCUACUCGGUGGUGUCGGGCUUCAUCUUCCUGCGGUUCUUCGCGCCCGCCAUACUCGGACCACGCCUCUUUGAUCUCACUACCGAGCAAAUUGAUCCCCAAACAAACCGGACGCUGACCCUGAUCUCGAAGACGAUCCAGUCGCUGGGCAACCUGGUGAGCAGUCGCUCGGCGCAGCAGGUCUGCAAGGAGGAGUACAUGGCCGAACUGUACCGCAGUUUCUGCACGCCCAGACAUGUGCAAGCAAUAAAGCAGUUUUUGGAAAUAAUCUCCACAAGCACGGAUACUCAGAACAACAACGUGCAGGAGACUCCAGUCCUGCUGAAAGAAGGAACAAUGAUAAAGAGGUCGGAGGGUGUCCGCGCGGGCGCGGGGUCGCCGCGGCGACGCUGGACAAGAGCCGCGCAUGCGUACGCUAAGCGGAGGCAUUUCAGACUCACCAGCGGCGAGCUGACGUGGUCCCGCUGCGGCGCCAAGUCGGCGGCUCACCGCCUGCCGCUGGCCGGCGUGCUCGCUGUGGCCGCUGUGGACUGCCCGCCCGCAGGGGCGCCGCUCGGGGCCAACAAUAUCUUCCAGAUCGUACAUCGCGAGCGCGUGCUGUUCGUGCAAGCUAGCAAUUGCGUGGAGCGUGCAGAGUGGGUGCGACUUUUGACCGCACUAUGCAGGCACUCGCCCGCCACGCCGCCGCACCGCGGAUACUAUUGCGACCAGCAGUGGACGUGCUGCGGGCGUCCGGAGGCGGAGGCGGAGGGCUGCGGCGGCACCGACAACGUGUACGAGCUCACAGAGUCCGGCGCCCGGGAGGUGCAGCGCGGGACCACCGCCCUCGCGCUGCGCCUCGACCCCGCGCGGGACCUGCAGCGGCUGCACGCGCUGCUCGUGGCCCACGCGCCGCGUCUGGACGAGCGCCUGCUGCGGCCCACAGAGGGCACCAGCGUGGAGGAGCGCGAGGCCGAGGCCGCGACGCUGCGGGAGCUGCAGGAAACUAUGUUCGACCUCGAACAUCGACAUCGCAUCUAUCGACGAUCACUCGCUCGGGAGACGAAGUAUGGCAGCAAGCAAGCGCCUAUAGGAGACGAUAACUAUCUACACCUGGCCGGAGCCGCCGCCGGUGUCGAUGGCGGGCCCUUCCUGUGGCGGCCACGCCGCAGCGAUACCUCACCCACUGUGGACCUAGAUGGGAAAACACUUCCACUGCAAACGUCUGCCGAUAUAGGCUCAAGCACGGAGUCCCUUAAGUUGGCGCGACACGGGGACGAGCGCUCCUCCGGCAAGUCGACUAAAUCUACGGGCAGCGGUUAUCUCACCAUGUCGUGCAUCAAGCACGAGCCUUCGGAGGACAGCGACGCGUCCGCCGAGAGGCCUGCGCGGCCGCCCAAGCCCGCGCGCCUGUCGCCCGCGCCCGCGCCGCCCUGCGAGUACGUGGACGUGGAGCCGCGCCCGCCCGAGCGCCGCCCGCGCGCGGAGCCCGAGCCCGCCUACCGCUGCAAGGAGUACGAGCUCAUGGCGGACUUCAUGUCGCACGCGCGCGCCGCGCCCGACAGCCCGCCCGCCGUGCCGCCGCGCGGCCACUGCGCGCGCGCCCGGCCGCCGCCGCGCCCCGACCCCGACCCCGCCGGCAACCUGGACGCCGUGUCCACGGACGACAGCCUGCUGGACGAGCUGCAGCGCGACGCCUACUGCGUGCUCAAGGUGUGUGAGGACGAGCCCGCGCCCGCCGAGCCCGACCCGCCGCCCGCCGCCGAGCGUGACACCGGGCCCUUCUCGCGGGUGUGCGCCCAGCGCAAGUCCAACCCCAUAAAAAGCCAGUCGACGUCGUCGCGGCCCCUCAAGACCUCCAGUUCGACGUCGAACGUACACGACGCCGGCGCGUCGACGUCCAGGCCUCUGGCCGAGCGACUGACACCUUUUUUUCUAAAAAGAAAAUCGAAGCCGCCCGAGGAUACGCAGGCGGCUCCACGAUCCACCCGCAAGGAGGAAAAUCUCAUAGGACGGCUGACUCCCCGCUUCGGCCAGUCCAGACUGUAUGGGCGGGGACAGUCGCUCGAGCUGGCGCCGCCGGAGAGCCGGACGAAGCGGAUCGAACGCUCGGCGACCACCGUGAACAUUCCGACGAGGCCGAUCAACUCGUCGAUCGUGGCCAACCUUAAGUUCCUGAGCCUGCACCGCUACGGCGCGGACGAGCCCGCGCGGCUGCUGGCGGAGGGCGAGGCGGAGGACUGGCGCCGCGCGCGCGCGCCCUCGCUGCUGGCCGCCGCCACCAGCGACAUCCGCCUCUAGCCUCUGCGAGGGACGCCUCUGUACAUUACUAGGCUAAGCUUGUAUUUAUUUCUAUAUUUUUCGAGAUCCUUUUCGUCGACCUGAAGUGUGUGCCUCCUCUAGAUAGUAGUCUAUUUCUGGAAAAGCCGGUACGUUUAAGAUAUAUGAUACGGUAGAGUUAAUGCUUAAAUACUCAAAAGGUGCCAAGUGUUGUGCGACUUCUUAAUGUCGACGUCGGACGUACUCUCAUUCCUGUAGCACGAUAAUAUUGUUAAACUCUAAACAUUGACAUUAAAGAAAUUAUUGUUUUGUAUGAUCGGUGUCUUAUCUAAACUUGAAACCUAGCGAUACGUCGUAGCGUAUUUUUAUAUACUUUUUUUAAUCGUUUAGUAUGGUACUAGUUAAAACGUGCAUGUAUUUUCGCGCAAUUAUUUAAUAAACAACAAUUUCUGGUUCUGAACGAUUUUUCUGAAUAUUGUUACAAAGUAACUUUGUACAUAGUUUCUACAUCAAUCCGCACUGCUUCCGACAUAUUGUAACCUUUCCAAUUGUAGCACCGUAAAGAUGUACUUAAGUAAAAUCUUUGAUAUUAUUCAUAUCAAGUACUUGUCCUAAUUACUAAUCUUACCUGUUAUUAUAUUAUCGAUUCUAAAUGUUAUGUCAAAUUAUGGCCUUAAUGUUACGCCUACAGUUACGGCCUUCAGGUUAAACACCAUUUACUUAAACUGUGAUUCACUUUACAAACUCGGCUCAUAUUUUAAAGUAUCGUAAUAAUAUUUAGUCUGUACAUAUAAUAUUAGUCAAUUAUAAAAAUAAAUCAAGAACUGUAUCGAAUAUUCGCACAGGAAGUUACAAUUAGUUAUAUGAUAAUUUAUAUGGAAUACAUUAUGUCUAACAAGUCGUCUGCCGCUGUAUUGUCAAAACUUACUAUUGUGAUAAUUCUCGAGGGCAAGAAGUUUAAAGUAAGGUUAAAAAGGGUCACGGCGCCUAAAUAAUUAUAUAAACACUUUUAUCGGUCAGCCAUCUCAAUACUUCUUACAUUAAAUAUAGUGAAUGCCACAUGUUCUAAACGGAAUAAUACGAAAUCGCCAGAUUUUGGGUUCCUUCCAUUGAGCAAUAAAUCUGUUCGUAGACUUGAUUCGUAGACUUCAACUCAUACAUUAAUUUCCAUUAAAUGUUUCGUCAAUAUUUAUAUGGAUACAUUGAUAGGUAACAAAUAAUGUAUAUCUACUUUAUUAAUUAAACUAUGCUCUCCUGUUGGUGCUAAAUAUUUCUUGUAAUUUUAAUUAAACUAUUUAACUUGUUAAUUUUAAACUAAAAGAAGUACUUGUAGUAGAUUAUGUCCAGAGAAAUAGUAUUAUUUGGCGGUAUAGCGGCAGGGCAUUUUGUUUUGAACUCAAUUGGUAUUUUACGUGCGUUAUUGCCUUUUGUUGUAGCGAUAGCUUGAUUAAGUAAUAGACUGGACUGUAUUGUAGGAUUAUUAUGUUAAAUAUAAAGAAGGCUAAACAAUAACAUAAUAAUAAGGUGCGCGAGUGCGACCUUAUGGUCGCGUAGCUGACAGCUAAUUCGGUUAUAACAGCGAUGAUUAUACCGCUUGAGACUAUAGCGUGAAGGGCGCUAAAGCUGUAUGGCCUUCGCUCCCACAAACUAACCUCAACACACUCCCUUGAAGAGGGCAACAGAUACAAAUAACAUGAAAUUUGAUAGAAACAGCAAAAGUAUCAAAACAAAUUUGGAAAAAAGGUUGUGUCCUAGUGUUUAGUACAAUUUUGUGCUCUCGCUCAGAGUGUUUGAUAUUAGUUUAAUCCGAAGGAGCAGAUGGAGCUAUCACUGAAACAUUGGUAUAUUUUUUAACUGCUUCGCCAUAACUGCGUUUUAUACUUUGUUUGGUACAAAGUACUCAAAACAGCAAACCCAGAUAUGUUUUUGUUUACUCAUGAGGUGUAGACAUCACGGUGUGUCCAUUUUACGUUGUCCACUGUACUGCAUGCUGCCCAUUCCAUUUUUAAUUUCUCUCGUGCAUAUUCGAAUGCAGAUAAUUUAGUAAUUCGCGUAGCUUGCAAUGACCCUGUUUCACGGUUUCGUAAUACAAUGCCCGUAAUGCGAAACAACCCACAUUGAAGUUACAAAGUUAAUUUUAUUUUUUUAAGUUAAGUCUCGAAAACUUGUAAAAUGAUUAAAAUCAAAGUAAUGUUGUUCUUACUUGAACUUACAUUUGUUCAUUAAUUGGAGGCAUUUCAUGGCAAAAUCUAAAUAUGUAAUGUUUUUAGCUUUUUGUGUUAUAUCAGUGUUGUCUAUCACCUCAUAAACGGAGAAGCGAGUUAACCUUCUGUGGAGUAUGUUGCAUCGUCUUAAUCUAAUGUGAAGUAAUGAACUCCAAUGGUUCAAAAUAACUGACACAUAUUGAAAUCAGGAUAUAUAGAUGUAGAAAUCCAGAAUUGUGUCCCAAAUGAUGUUAUGCGGGUUGAAGGGUUUUUGUUGAGUAGUAAUAUCUAAAAGAAGAGAAUGUGAGAUUCCAAAAUAUUCUUGGAAAUGAGAUUUACGACCGAAAUUAAUCACCUAACUACAUAUUUCUUGGCAUGAUAUAAUUGAACACCAGACUUGCUACUGCCUAGUUCUUCUAUCUCAGAGUGAAAACGAGAGGAUGGGUUAUUAAUUUCGGCCGUUAGAGAUUAAAUUUAAAAACAGAGAUAACACCAGGCCAUCCUCUGCCGGAUGAGUCUACAACUCAACACCUUUUGUAGAAAAAUAAUUUACAUGUAAGAAGAAAUACAUAAUGUACAAAUUAAUACGACGUGAAAAUAUAUUAUGUUAUUUAUUUCUACCUACUUUCAUUUUGUUAAUAAACCACAUAAGUUCAAAUUUUAAA